AUGUCCAAAUAUGUGGAUAUCCUGCCAGACAUUGAUACUGGCCAAGAUGUAUUCGAAACAGACGCUCCAGAUCCAGCAGAACUAGUUAAUGAUCAUGUAAAACCACCUCCUUCUCCAUCUUCAACAACAUCUGUACCAUUGCAUCAUCCACAUGUCGACGAUGAACAGCAGCAACAAUCAGGCAUCAUCAAGACUCGUAUCAUACCAGCCGAAGCUACGGCUAGAUUCGCAAACUCGCAAAUUGAUGCUACAGAUGCUGACUUUUCGGGUCGUGUAGGAAGACGUAAAAAGCCUGCGCAUUACAGAACCUAUCACACCCGACGUAUGCCUGAUGCCGAUGAAUACGAGUUUGAUCUACUCGAUCAUACCGAUAAUACCAAUAUUGAUGCUCGCAAGCCAAAGGAAUCUCGAUUGCAAAGGCUUCGAAGGCUGGUCUACGAAGUCCAAGAGCUAGAAGAAGAGAUUCAACGAGAUGGCGAUGCUAGUAAUGGUCCCGCUGCAGAUAAUAUAAAUAGUAGUAAUUUAAAUAGUGAAACCAAGCCCGCUGUCUCGCAACUUGCUCUGCUGGAUCAGAUCUCUGCCUUGCAGACUGAUUUGAGCAACUUGGCAAAGUCGACUGGAGUAUCUGGUCGUGACGCUCCCUCAUUAGAAGAUGGUAGUGGAUCAUUGAUUAAACAAGCUGAAUUAAGUAAAGCACUUGUAGCUCAAUUACGAGCCUUCAAGGAUAAAUCUGUACCAUCCGUAGCACAACCGAUAAAACAGGCCGAAGCUCCAGUAUCUUCACAAACUACCCAAAAAAUAGCUAGAUCCGAUCAACAUGUAACAUAUGAAUUGUAUUAUGCUCCCGAAACUGCUCGGUUGACCCAAUUGUCAAACCUAGGCUCUCUGGAAUCUCGAAUCACAAACCUCGAACGAGUAAUUGGUAUAUCGUAUCUAGAUGAUGGACUGAAUAAUGGUGAUGGGAACACAGCUAUGCCACUAUUACUUGAGUCUGGAUCCCUCAUGGCUGCUAUGGAGCGAUUCGAAACUCAAUUGACUCUGCUGACUCAACCUCGGAAGCUCGAGACUGUGUCUAGACGGGUCAAAUCCAUCACUAUAGAAUUAGAGCGUUUGGCUGAAGCUAAAAAGAAGGAACAUCUUGAAUCUUCUCUGGCUCUGCACUCGUCUGUUUAUGGUCUUGAUAUGACUGGAACAAGUCACCCUAGCCAAGAACCGCCUCACAGCGCCAGUCAUAAUAAUAGUAAUGAUAACGAACAACGAGUCAAACAUCUCUUCAACACGUUGGAGAAGCUGGAUCCUAUAGUUAGCCUUGUCCCCCAUCUAUUGUCUCGCCUUCAAUCACUACGAUCUUUACAUACAGAAGCUGCCGUGUUUGCAGAAUCUCUUCGGACGCUUGCAAUAGAACAAAACCAUGUCACAGAGUCUGCCAGCAACAUUGGUGAGUCCGUCACUAGACUCCAGGAUGCUGUAAAAGAUAACGCAAAUGUAGUCCAAUCGAAUGUCGAAGCGCUCGAUGCCCGUAUCAAGUCUCUUAUCUCUCGAAUAGACAAACUCCAUAAAUAA